ACCGCAGCUCGAAGCGGGGAGCUCCUGGGCUCUGUCAUCCUCAGCAGCAGCUGUACCGUCUAACUGCCACCUUGAGUCAUGGUCAACUGGAUUCCCCUCCACACUGUGCUCACUCUCACGAUCCUCUCUGCAGUUACCGGGAAUCCCACGUUCCGCGUAGGUCAAUAUCCCGACAAGCUGAACAAGAGCAGAGGAGCCAACGUGACUUUAUUCUGCACCUUCCCCUUUGUCAGAGAUGUCCAGGUGAAAUGGUGGAGGGACGGCGAGCGGAGCUUCCUCUCGGCAAAAAGUGACAGCAGGUAUCGGUUUGAAAUCCGGAAUAAAGCCAGCGCCGCCUUCCAGCUCCUGGAUGUGGAUGUCCCGGACUCGGGCCUGUAUUACUGCAGAGCCAGUAGUGCGGACAAAGCAGGGAAUGGGACCGGCACAAGGCUCCUGGUAACCGCGCCUCCCUAUUCUCCGCAGAUUGUUCCCACCGUGUUUGGAAAAGGCUCGGGGGUUUUCCUCAGACUUGCCUGUAGCUCUGGCCGUUCUUACUCCAAGGAGCUGAGCAUCAGCUGGUUUGUAAACGGCACCGAGGUUGUGACGGGGAUCCGCGGGGAUAUACAGCCUGGGCCGGGAAAGCUGUUCGAAGCUUCCAGCUAUUUGGAGGAAUCGCAGCCUGUUCCGAAUGGGACGGUUUAUACCUGCCGGGUCUCAUACCCGGACAACCAGAUGCAAACCCAUUACACCUACUUUUCCAGUGUUGGAGAGCAAAAAUCAGACGUUCUGCCCUGGUGGAUCUAUAUCGGUAUUGGGUGUGGGGCUUUUCUCCUGCUGCUCCUGAUUAUUACAUCAAUACUUUGUAAAUUCUGUGUCUGUGGAGGUAAUAGGAGAAAAACAGAGAAAAGACAUGAUCAGAAAAAUCAGCAAAUGCAGAAACCAGCUAAUUUCAAGAUGGCAUAUACAGACAUAGAUUUCAACAGCCUUGCAAAAGACACAAAAUACCAGCAGAUGGAAAAAAGAACAAAAUGCCCCCACCUGCCACCAAGGAACCAGCAGAGAGAUGACAAGAUUGUUUAUGCAACACCCCCACUCAAACAAUACCAAGGCAGAAAGAUGGGCCGCUCUGUGCAGUGAACCUGAGCACAACACAUCAGGUACUUGCAAGAAGUUGCUUCUGCAAACUUAGCUGGUCCUGAAUUAACAUUUCAAAUAUAUAUACUUAUACCACUUUUUAUAGGAUUCAUUCAAACCAUAAUAUUUUCAGUAAAUAUUUUCUUACUCUGUCUCCUCACAUGAACAUUGCUGAAUAACAGCCUUUGUGUUAUAAAUAUAAUAAAUAAUAUGAUGGCAACCAAUGUUUAAUGACAAUAGUUUCAUUAGUGUUAGACAGCAAUCGUCUGAAUGCAGUACACUGUAAAGGAACAAAAACAAAAAUAGCUGGAAAAACUCAGCAGCUCUGACAGCAUCUGGGGAGAGGAAUACAGUUAACAUUUCGAGUCCGUAUGACUCUUCAUCAGAACUGUAAAGGAACUUUGGAGUCUACACAAAUUAAAACUAGAAACUGAAAUUGGAUUGGUAUUAAAUUACAAGAAAAAUAUCCAAACUCCUCUCCUUCCCCACCAAGGCUAACGUCCUUACCUUGAAGAGCACAAAGUACAUUAGAAAAUAAAACCUGCACAGUAUGCUCACAGGAAUGUUUGGCUAUUUUACUCUUUUUGGUUGAAUGGGCCUGUGUGCAGAAUUGGUUGCAAAUGUCGCUGAGGGAUUGAAAUAAUAUUUCUGGAAAAUAAGUUGUGAGGAAAUGAUUGAGAGUUUUCAAACAACAAAAAGAAACAAUGAUUAUGAACAUAGAGAGGCUUUUUGUGCCGAGCCAGCAGAGAAGAUUAUAAAAUAAAUAAUCCAAUCAGCUGAAUUUAAUGAGCAACUUCUUCAAAGAGAGAACAUGCAAUAAGUAAGUGCUGUUUGGAUCAAAUGUUUCACAGACCAUGUACAGUUUGUACUAUGAUGUAUUUCAUCUUCAGGUACAAAUGAACAGCUAAGCUGACCACAGCAGCAAAACAUCAGUUCAAAUGACUACAUUAAUUUAUUCCAUUCUACUAAAACCCCUAUUGUCAUUAUGUUAAGACAUAGGAAUGUCUUCCACAUAGUGCUUCAUGUAUGACCCCAGUUAACCACAUAUUUAUGUGGUUCUUCAUAGAAUCAUACAAAAAAAAGAAAGUGGCCAUUCAUGCCACCUUGCCUAUCCCAGGCCUUUUAAAGAGCUAUUGAAUUACACCCACUCUAUGUAGUCCUUCUUCUAAUAAAAUAACUAAUUGUAGUGUUAAUUGCUUCUGAUGGGAACCAUAUCAUAGUUCAAUUCUUUCCAAGCAAAACAUUAGUAUAUUUUAACCUCAAUUAUUUUAUUCUGCAGAACUCAUUCACUCUCUGUCCCAGACAAUUUUCUCUAUCCAUUACUCUCUCUUGUUUUCUGCUACCAACCCACUUUCCAAUGAUGUUUGUCAUUCAUUUCAAGAGCAUUGUUUUCCUUGAAAGUCUCACAGAUGGAAGUUGGUAAAAUUACUAGCUUAUGAAUUGAUAUACACUUUGAAUUACUAGAGAGCUCCCACUGCAUGUACAGCAACUGUAGAUGGUACUUGGUGUUGAGGGGGAGAUAGGAAUUGGGUUUGAUAGUACAAUUACAAUCUACAUGCAUUGUUGGGGACACCAUGACUGCAGACAGAAUGGGAGGAGGCAGUGGUGCAGUGGUAUUGUCACUGCACUAGUAUUCUAGAGACCCAGGGUAAUGCUCUGGGGACCUGUGUUUGAAUCCCAUCCAUGGCAGAUAGUGAAGUUUGAAUUCAAUAAAAAUC